CCCAAAUUCUAUUAUUUGUUUUUUGCUGAUUUCAUAAAGAAGAUUCCUCCCAAGAAAAUAGGGGAAGAAUGAGAAAAGCAAUGAAAAAUUUUCAAUAAACUUUAAAUGUUUAGACAUUUAUUUUUCAAUCCACUUUCUGAAUAUUCAACUCGACAAAUUAUCUUCCCACAUUCAUCGUCAUCAAACACCAAACACCAAACACCAAAUUAGUGGUUUUAGAGGAGAAAUUCAAUCAAAAUUCAAUUUGAUAUUUCUUUUAGUUAUGAUAUGAUAAAGAGAAAAUCUUCUGCAUUUCAUAAUCAAAAACAACAAAAUACAUGCAAAAAAUUCUAAAAAUAGAAGGAAUAGAACAAAGAUGUCAUUUUUAAGAAAAAUUCUUAAACCCUCUAAUCUGAAUUCUAAAACCCAGUUUUCAGUUUCAUCUAAAACCCUUUACAACUCUGUAUUUCCUGCAAAGUAUUGUACUUCUGCUGCUGUUACAAGGCAUGCUGGGCUUGGGCCCACUAAGCCUGAAGAAAAGCCCAGAGUGGUGGUAUUGGGCUCUGGAUGGGCUGGAUCUAGGCUCAUGAAGGACAUUGACACAAAAAUAUAUGAUAUAGUUUGUGUAUCACCUAGAAAUCAUAUGGUUUUUACUCCAUUGUUAGCAUCAACUUGUGUUGGUACUCUUGAGUUUAGGUCUGUUGCUGAGCCUAUUGGAAGAAUUCAACCUGCUAUUUCUAAUGAACCUAAUUCUUAUUAUUUUCUUGCUAAUUGUACAUCUGUUGAUACAAAACUACAUGAGGUACAAUGUGAGACUGUGACUACUGGAGCUCAGUCAUUGGAGCCAUGGAAGUUUAGAAUAUCAUAUGACAAAUUAGUUGUUGCAUCAGGAGCAGAAGCGUCCACAUUUGGAAUCAAUGGGGUGCAUCAACAUGCUAUUUUUCUUCGUGAAGUUCAUCAUGCUCAAGAGAUCCGAAGAAAACUUCUCUUGAACUUGAUGUUGUCUGAUAUACCUGGUGUCUCUGAAAAGGAGAAACAACGACUCCUGCAUUGUGUUGUCGUGGGUGGUGGUCCUACUGGCGUUGAGUUCAGUGGUGAGCUCAGUGAUUUCAUCAUGAGGGAUGUCCGUCAAAGAUAUGCUCAUGUCAAAAAUUACGUCCAUGUCACUUUGAUUGAGGCAAAUGAAAUUCUGUCUUCCUUCGAUGACCGUCUCAGACAUUAUGCUAACAAACAACUGACUAAGUCAGGAGUUCGACUAGUCCGUGGAACUGUGAAAGAUGUACAGCCUGACAAGUUAAUUCUUAGUGAUGGCUCAGAAGUUCCCUAUGGGCUGUUAGUUUGGUCUACGGGUGUUGGUCCCUCACCUUUUGUGGAGACUCUUGAAGUCGAGAAGUCACCAGGUGGAAGGAUUGGUAUCGAUGACUGGUUACGUGUUCCUGGUGUUCAAGAUAUGUAUGCAAUUGGUGAUUGUGCAGGAUUCCUCGAAAGCACUGGCAAACCGGUUCUCCCUGCUUUGGCACAGGUAGCAGAGCGACAAGGAAAAUAUUUAGCCAAGUCUUUGAACCAGCUUGGUAAAGCGGGUGGAGGGCGUGCAAACAGCGCAGCAAAUAUUGAUAUGGGAGAGCCUUUUGUGUACAAGCAUCUAGGAUCUAUGGCAACUAUUGGUAGAUACAAGGCACUGGUUGAUCUUAGGACGAGCAAGGAAGAAAAAGGCUUGUCUUUGAAAGGUUUUCCUAGUUGGAUUAUCUGGCGAUCUGCGUACCUUACUCGAGUUGUAAGUUGGCGAAAUCGACUCUAUGUGGCCAUUAACUGGUUGACCACAAUUGUAUUUGGCCGUGACAUAAGCCGGAUAUAGAAACUAUUAUCGAAGAACCUGCCACUGAAUCUCCCGCUAUAAUAGGCGUCUUGCUGCAAAUGUGAGCCAUUACAGAAAGAAAUAAUAAAAAAUAUCACAAAUAUUACCUCCGUUCUGAAAUACUUGCAACUGAUUGUGACAUGUUAUAUGAAAAAGUGUCACUAUUAGUUGCAAGUAUAAUGGAUCGGAGGAUGUACGUCUAUGUUUCCCUUUUGUUUAUCUGUAAACUGCAUGUAAAUUUGUUAAUUUCUGAUCCCAUUUGUUUGAAUCUCUCAAUAUUGAUGCCAAAUUUUGUGAGUUUUUCUAAGAAUCAUAGAGGAAAGAUUGAAUUUUGA